AUGGGGCGCCCUCCACCCGAGCCCACGGGCCAAUCCCACCCCGUCGACGACACGAACGUCAUUUCUUCCCUGCAUACUGAACUCUCACCACCACAUAUACCCGAUGACAGCGACAGUGACGACGACGACGAGACAUCCCAUCUGAAUAACCAAAAUGUCCGACGCCUUUCGCCGCCCCCGAUCCUCACAGAUCAUCGCCGCUUCCCGUCCAUAGAUGAAACCGAUACAGAUCAUGUAGCUCUUCCCGAGCCAGAACAAGAGGUUGCAGAGAAACCGGUGACAUGGAGCUCUCUACCCAAAAAAGGCCAACUAGCCAUCUUGACUAUGGCGAGGCUGUCGGAGCCGCUCACCCAGACCUCGUUGCAGGCAUACAUGUUCUAUCAACUCAAGUCAUUUGACCCAUCGUUGCCGGACUCGACAAUUUCGGCACAAGCUGGUAUGUUGCAAGGUAGUUUCACAGCUGCCCAGUUUCUCACUGCUGUAUGGUGGGGUCGGCUGGCCGACGCAGAGUGGAUGGGCCGCAAGAGGGUUCUCAUGAUCGGUCUAUUUGGCACUUGUAUCUCUGCGCUUGGGUUUGGUUUUUCUCGUUCCUUUACCACUGCGAUUCUGUUUCGCACACUGGGUGGUCUGUUGAACAGCAAUCAGGGCGUCAUGCGCACAAUGAUUUCGGAGAUUGUUGUAGAGAAAAAGUACCAAUCACGAGCCUUUUUACUUCUUCCUAUGUGCUUCAAUAUUGGAGUCAUCAUAGGUCCCGUUUUAGGAGGAACAUUGGCCGACCCCGUCAACAGUUUACCUUGGCUUUUUGGCCCUGGUUCCCCGUUUGGGGGUAAAAGUGGUGUGUGGUGGAUGCAGCAUUGGCCUUAUGCCCUGCCCAAUCUGCUCAGUGCUUGUUUUAUCUUCAUGUCAUCACUUGCGAUUUUCUUUGGUCUUGACGAGUCCCAUGAAAUCGCACGCCACCGCAGAGAUUGGGGCCGCGAGCUUGGAAAGAGAAUAGUCCGCACUUUUACACGUCGCCCAUUACACUAUAGCCCCCUUGUCCGCUCUGGGCAAGAUAACUCUAUGUAUAUGGAUGAAAAUACGGAGUGGUCUGCACCAUCGAGUCCAGUGCGUACACGUCCGCAACGACCACUGGUCCCCCGCAAACGAGCGGGAUUCCGACAGAUUUUCACACGCAACGUCCUCCUCACUCUCCUGACCCAUUUCCUCCUCGCAUUUCACACCAGUGCUUUCAACUCCAUGACUUUCGUGUUUCUGCCUACCCCUCGUGCUCCGGAAGGUUCCCGAACAGACUUUUUCCAUUUCAGUGGAGGACUUGGUCUGCCAUCUGCACGAGUAGGCCUUGCCACUGCAAUCAUCGGCUUCAUCGGACUUCCCCUGCAAAUAUUGUUAUACCCUCGCAUCCAAGGGAAGCUGGGAACGCUCACCUCUUUCCGCACAUUCCUUCCCCUCUCUCCCAUUGCGUACAUCUUGAUGCCCUUCCUUGUAAUACUGCCCCGCGUCCCUUACAUUGUUUGGCCUUCCUUCACCUUUGUGGUUUCUUUACAAGUCAUUUCUCGCACCUUUGUGUUACCCGCUGCCAUCAUUCUUGUCAAUAACUGUGUCACUGACUCCACUAUUUUGGGCACGGUUCAUGGUGUGGCGCAAAGUAUAUCCAGUGCAGCCCGUACCUUAGGCCCGCUCCUUGGUGGUUGGGGUCUUGGCUUGGGCCUUGAGUACAACAUGGUUGGAGCUAUUUGGUGGGCUUUGGCUGCUGAGUCUUUAAUUGGAUAUAUGGUGCUGUGGACCAUAUAUGAAGGUAAGGGGAUUGAACGACGCAAACCUGAUGAGGAUGAAGUGGAGGAAGAGGAGCCAUGA